AUGGAACAACUAGAGAAACUCAAAGCGUUAUCGAAUUUCACCAGCACAGGAUCAUUCAAGAGUUCGCAUUCGAUUCCCGUUGAUGCAGCCUACGCCUUCGGUCUUCUGUUCAUUUUGUGUGGAAUUGCGGCAUUUCUGUUCAAUUUCACCAUUUUAUACGUGUUCUUUCGACGCAGACGAAGUUUCUUCUCGCAUGUUUUCUACAUUAUGAUAUUCAAUUUCGCACUUAUUGAUCUCCUCAAAAGUAUAUGCUCAAUUGUUUGGGCAUUGAAACUGCUACCGUUCGGUAUCACCUCGUCAAUGGUGUUCAUGAAAAUCGAUCAGCUCACUCUGAUGAUUCUUCGUUUCUCGAAUUUGGCCACAAUUCUGAAUCUGCUUAUGAUUACACUUAAUGAAUAUUUGUUCAUUGUUUAUCCAUUACGCUAUCGACAAAUUGUUACCAGAUGUCGUGUAAUCGCACUCAUAAUUGUUUGCUGGUUAAGUGCGUGGAUAUUCACCGUAUCAAUACUACUGAUCGGAUCCAGAGAACAGUCCAUCUAUAUCAAGCCGGAUUGCAUCGCAAAACGUUGGUCCAUUAGAAGAGUGCUGAAUCAUGAACUAACUUUGAAAAAACGAUUUUCAUGUUCUCCAAAUUAA